UGCCAGGAGAGGGGGAAAUUGUGCCCUGUGACACUGCCAUACAAGUGAUGGAGAAGGAACAGGACAUCCAGCCUAGCAGGGACAGACACAAGACCAAACGAGGCCCUUCUGUUUCCAGUGAGAGCACAGGCAAGGACAGUCAAUUCUCACCCCUCUGCUUUCCACAGAAACUUUGGGAAAUGCUGGAAAGUGACCAGUUUCAGUCCAUUUGGUGGAGCAAUGGUGGAAAAUGUGUUGCAAUCAAUGAAGAGCUCUUCAAAGAGGAGGUGCUGGGCAGGGCAGGACCUCAACGGGUUUUUAACACGCAGAGAAUCAAGAGUAUUAUUCGCCAGCUGAACAGCUAUGGAUUCACCAAAAUGCAGCAGGAUGACCAGAGAUCUGCCUCCCUGCCUGAAUUCCUGGCAGAGGAAGCAGCAGUUUCUGCUCACAGCCAGGAAGAUCCAACCCUGGAGAGACACUUCAAAGGCCACAGAGAUGCUGUCACUAGCGUGGACUUCAGUCUCAAUAAGAAACAAUUGGCAAGUGGCUCGAUGGAUUCGUGCCUGAUGAUCUGGAGCAUGAAACCUCAGAUGAGAGCCUAUCGCUUCGUGGGCCACAAAGAUGCAGUGAUGUGUGUCCAGUUCUCACCUUCUGGUCACCUGGUGGCUUCAGGCUCCAGAGACAAAACAGUCCGGUUAUGGAUCCCUAGUCUCAAAGGAGAAUCGACUGUGUUCAAGGCUCACACGGCAACCGUAAGAAGUGUUAGUUUCUCCAGUGAUGGCCAGUCCAUAGUUACAGCUUCUGAUGACAAAACAGUCAAAGUGUGGACGGUUCACAGGCAGAAGUUUCUGUUCUCACUGAGUCAGCACAUCAACUGGGUUCGCUGUGCCAGGUUCUCUCCUGAUGGGCGAUUGAUAGUGUCAUCUAGUGAUGAUAAAACUGUCAAGCUGUGGGAUAAGACCAGCAGAGAAUGUAUCCACUCCUUCUGCGAGCACGCGGGGUUUGUGAAUCACGUGGAUUUCCAUCCCAGCGGAACGUGCAUCGCCGCGGCCGGUACGGACAGCACGGUGAAGCUCUGGGACGUCAGGAUGAACAGGCUGCUGCAACAUUACCAAGUGCACAGCUCUGUGGUCAACAGUCUUUCCUUUCACCCCUCUGGAAACUAUCUGGUUACUGCUUCCAAUGAUUCAACUCUUAAAAUUCUGGACUUGCUAGAAGGAAGACUUCUGUAUACUCUGCAUGGUCACCAGGGCCCAGCCACCUGUGUAGCAUUUUCAAGAUCUGGAGACUUAUUUGCUUCUGGAGGGUCUGAUGAACAGGUGAUGGUGUGGAAGACCAACUUUGAUGCAGAUUAUGGUGAUGCACUGAAAACACAGAAGUCUUGCAGUACUGUGGAUGGGUCCCAUCACACUGGGUCAGAAAUGGAUACUGGUAUUCAUCAUAAGAAAACAAAAACUCAGGAUUCUGGUAGGAGCCACGAGCAGCAAGAGGUGGAGGCCAGUCUUGCGAAUACCCUGGAGCAUAUUAUGGGACAGCUGGAUGUUCUGACUCAGACAGUUUCCAUCCUGGAGCAGAGGCUGACGCUCACUGAAGACAAGCUGAAGGAGUGUCUUGAGAAUCAGCAGAAAAUCAUUCAGAACAAAACGAACUGAUUUCCCGAGAGAAGUCGGGAGCUGAAGGCAUUGGGAGGUUUGAGGUUGGUUGUGUUCCCAACAGACUGCGUGUGACUUGCUUUAACAAUUUUGAGCACAAUCUAUUUUUCAAUUGAAAUGUAUAGUUAUUGUAUCUGUAAAUAGCUUUGUUACUUUACUAAAAUAAAAGGAAUAUUUUAUUCAUAA